CAAUGCUAUACUUUAUUACUGUAUUAUUAUUAUUGAAAACUACAAAAAAAAGUUUAUAUUUUGUUUGAAGACUUGUUGUCCACCGAAAUAUAUUUAUCAUCGUAUAUAUAAAGUGACCGCCAAAUGGACGGCGACAGUCAAGUAUUUAUCGGUAUCAUUGAUAGUAGUAGUAAUGCCGAAAUUGAUGACCAAACCAGUGACUUUCGGGCCAAUAAAAUAGGCGGUUAUCCAGUUUUGAGUCCCGAAGUUGGCCACGAACUGGUCGUACAUAUGAAAAACAUUGAAUGCCAAUCGUGUCGCCGGUCAUUGGUGUUUGUGUCUCAAAUUUAUUGUCCAAUUGAUGAAUCGCCCGACGAUCGGAUAAUCUAUUUGUUUGUUUGUCCUAAUAAUGAUUGCAAACAAUCAGACAAAUGGUUUGCUGUACGAUGUGUUACACCUUAUGUCGCGGCGGACACUAGUCAUAAAAAACAAGAAGCGAUAUGUGAUAAUAACACUGACGAUUGGAUUGACGGACAAUCCGAUUGGGGAACAGAUAAUACCGAUAUCGAGACAAUCAAUGACACGACCGCUAACUGUAGUCAAUCGUUAAGCCAUUUGUCACUUGAAUCAAAUGAUAGGAAGUCCUCUUCGAUAACUGACGACGAUAUCAUUAUACUGAAAGAUCAACAAUAUUAUCGACCAUUUUAUCUGUCAGUUAUUGAUGAGGUCGUUGCGGAUGAAAAAAACGAUAGACAUGUAAAACAAUUACUAGAAUCGUAUGAAAAAACUGAAGGCAGUUCUUCUUGUGAUAAAAAUGGUGGUCAGUGUAGUGAGACAUUUGAAAACUCAUUUUUGGACACAAUUUACAAAAACGAUCGCAAAAACUAUCAAUUCCUUAAACGUCUGUCUCGUUGUCCACAACAAGUCAUACGCUAUCAAUGGAUGGGAUCUCCUUUGAUCAACAGUGAUAGUCACCGGUUAGCUAUUCCUCGUUGUGAUCUAUGCGGCGGCGAUCGUGUCUUCGAGUUUCAGUUAAUGCCGGCUUUAAUCCGAUAUCUGAAGCCAUUGUCUACCGAAAACCGAGACAAUCAUCCAGAUCUAGAUUUUGCUACUAUUCUUAUCUAUAGUUGUCUUAGAAAUUGUAAUCAAAAAUUGUCGAAAAAUUCAAUUAUUUUUGAACAUUGUAUUCUAUUAGAUGACCCUGAUAAUGAAAAAUAA